AUGGUCCUAGCCCAUUCACCACCGCGUAAGGCGGCCAAUACUCGCCCCCCAGACAGGAACCGCAGGAACCUCACCCGCAUCUCCGAGACUCCUACGGACAUUAUCACACAACAGACUCCCCCGCCGCUACCCACCACCACCUCUAGAGCGGGGCAUUCACGCUCUCACUCCCCGCGGUCACCCCCGCCCAGGGGAAGGGCCCCUGUACGUUCACCUCCCCAGCGACUCCAGCGAAUCAUGCAGUCACCAUCACCGUCCACUUCUCACGGUGCUCCCACCUCCCCGUCGCCCCUGCGGACGCCCCCACCCCAGUUGCCCCGACCGAGAUCAUCUUUCUCCCCCCCCGCAACCCCUUCUCGGGGAUACAUGUCGCCACCUAGCACUCCGGCCAGCAGGCGUGGGUCGAUAAGCCGUGUGGGGGAGGAUAUCCCGGCGUCCUGGGAAUCACUCUCACCGCAGUCGGAUAUCACCCCCGCACUCGUUUACUCUCCGUCGUCUACCCUCACCCCCGCGCCGUCGAACUUGCCGCCCCCGGCUGCUACACCGGCGCUGACGCACCCCCAGCCCACCCAAAGCCAAGUUGUGACUCAGCCUCCCUCAGUCGCAAUCGCGGCGGCGACGGUCGCCCCGCAAGCGACACCAGCCCCCACCUUCCCCACCGCGCUCCAAACGACACUCUCCUUUAUCUCGGACUCGGCCAAGGAAAUUAUCGCCAAGAUUUCCGAGGGCAAGAGCGUGACCAGCGGUAACAAGAAGCGCAUAAAGGAGCUGGCGCAAUCUAUCAUGGGCGCGGUGGAGGGGUCCCGAAACGAGACUCCGCCCGAGCUCCCGAAGCCGGUUUCGGACGCGGUCCUCCAUGCCAUCCGGGAGACUAUUAGGGACGAACUAAAGGGACAUGCGCCUACUCAUGUUCCCACUCCCCACCCCGCCCCUCUACCUACCUCAACCCCCCCAGCGCCCCAGUCGAGGUCCUUCGCGACGGUAGCUGCCACCUCUCCACCCAAACGUCCUUCGCCAAUGCCUCGUACCCAGCCGGCUAUAAUCAUCAAGGCCAAGGAGGCCGGUGACAAGCAACCGGAUGUCUAUAGCGAGUGGCGCAAAAACAUCAAGUUCAGAAACACCACAUUCGCUCCCUCGAAAGUGCGCACCUUGCGCAACAACACGGUGAAGGUAAAUUUCGACAACGCCGCGCAGAGGGAUGAGACACUGGCGAGGGUCAACGAAGUCCCGGGUAUAGUCGCGGAGAAAUCCAAACUCAGGAAACCCCUCAUUAUCCUAAAAGGCGUGAGCAAGGAGACAGACAAGGACGAACUGUUGGAGAUCGUUGCCAGCCAAAACCAAGUGGCUGCCGGCGACCUUCGACUAUGUUUCCUCCUUAAAAACCGCAAUGACAAUCUUUAUAACGCGGUACUGGAGGUAGCCCCCGCAAUUCGACGCGCGUUUGUCGAAGAGGGUCGCGUGAACGUGGAGCAUCAGAGGGUGCACGUGGCGGAUUUCAGCCGCUUUGUACAAUGCCGCAAAUGUCUGCAGUUUGGACACACAGGCAACAAAUGCUCAGCUGACUUCUACCCGUGCGGCCACUGCGGCUCCGCUACGCACCACAUCACUACGUGCUCAUACAGAACAGACGCAACCAAGAUGACCUGCUACAACUGUAAAAAAGCAAACAGCACCAACACCAAACACUCCGCCCUCGACGCUAAAUCUUGCCCCAAAAUCCUCAACGCCUUAAAAUCCCUCAACGACACAACCGACUAUGGUUAUUAG